CCAGCCCCCAAGGCCCGGAAGCGAAAGCCGCUAGGCGUCUUCGCAGCGGGGUCACGGCCUGGCCCGCGCGGGCCGGGAUUCUGAGAGGGCAGGGCUCUCAGCAGGUCAGGGCAGUUCCUGGCCGGCGCCAUGUCCCGGAACCUGCGGACCGCGCUCAUUUUCGGCGGCUUCAUCUCCCUGAUCGGCGCCGCCUUCUACCCCAUCUACUUCCGGCCCCUAAUGCGGCUGGAGGAGUACCAGAAAGAACAAGCCGUAAAUCGAGCUGGUAUUGUUCAAGAAGACGUACAGCCACCAGGGUUGAAAGUGUGGUCUGAUCCAUUUGGCAGGAAAUGAGAAGGCUGUCGCCAACUCAGGUUGUGAAAGUAGACGUCGUCAUGCUUCCGAGUCUGCAGCAAGUCCAAUACCUCAGGUCGCUAUUGAACAGUGGCUGGAGAAGGAAACUCUACCGCCGUAAACAAGAGCGCUGAGCACGGGCACAAGGAUUAGCAUUUCCCUUCAUAAGUAUCAAAAGCGCCCUGGAAUAAAUCACCAUUAGGAAGGUUAUAAUGAUUCGGAGUACUGUCUAAAAAUGAAGCAGUCUCACCCAGCUGUGUUUGGAGAUUUUCUCACUAUUCAGUCUCUAUUACUUACCCAACUGUGCUGUGAUACGAAUGUAAGCAACCAGGACACUUGGGAAGAUCCUAGUCUUGUUUUGCCAUCUUCCAAAUUGGAAAUUUCAGUGAAAAACCACCAUGCUGAGCAGCCUCGUAGGGCUCGUUGAAAAUGUUAAAAGUUCAUAAAACGCUUCGAGGACAAGGUUCAUUUGUAGUCUUUAAGAAUAAUGGUUUAGCUGAACUAUCUUGUCGAAGAUUGCUGCAUCUUGGAAAAUAAAUAAAUGUGAAGCAAGUCCAACUAAAUGGGAAUGCAUGCAUAGUAGAAAUCAAUGUCGAAUGAACAGAAGUGAAAAUGUGUAUAUUAAAAUGAUUUCUUUUUACUUCA